GUCAGUGCCACCACACUACGCAAUCCCACGAGAACCACAGAGCGGCUCUUUGGCCUGGCCGAGGAAGCGGACGCUACCCUGUUGACUCCGGCGAUGAAAAUGGCCAUCAGCAAACAUCAGGCGCGCUGUAACGUCUUAUUGAUAGCAUGCAUAGAACAGCGGUCAGUGUUUUAUGCUCCUACCAGAUCGUCACAAACGAUCAGGAGUCGUCGCUUUAGGGCUUUCUUUCAGGUACUAGGUCACACACAGUGACCAGAUAGCUCACCGCGAACGCUCACGAACGUUCUUCGUUCUAGCUCUUUCUCCGGUACCGAAAUGGAUUUAGGUAUAGCGAUGAGCACCAUAAUGGACACGCCAACAAGAAGUCCAUUCUUAUUGACGAGCACGUUGAAGAGCGCCGGGAAGACAGGAGGCCCAGCAUCACUACGCAGAUCGGGUUCUGGUGGAAAGCCGGGACAGAGGUCUGUAUCCGUAGUUAAGGCGGGAUGCAGCCGUCUCAAGGCUAAAGCGGCAGCAACGCCAGUAACUUCGGUGAAGAAAGCUCCACCGAAGGUUGGGAUAACUCCCAGAACACCCUUCGCAACCCCGAAGUCGACAGAGGGUGAUCGUUUCAUCCCAAGCCGCAGCUACAUGAAGAUGGACGUCUCAGGAUUCGCCAUUCGUGGAGGCUUCGACAAGACGAGCACAUCCAAGAAGCUCAUCUCUCCAACCGGAAGUUAUCGGAAGCGUCUUGAAGGAUUGAUGGCGAGAUGCGUUGAAGGCGGAGAGGGAGACUCGGCAAGGAAGCCGAGAGUGUUAUCGUUCAAAGUGAAAGCACCUGCAGCUGAGUCAGACAAUGGAGUUGACAGUACCACCAAGAUCGCCAACUCUAGUGACGUUCCCGCACGGCGGCCUCCUCGCGCAGUAUCUCAGGUGGCAGAGAAGGUCCUAGACGCGCCUGGAGUGGUGGACGACUACUAUCUCCAAAUGAUAGACUGGAGCAAUUCCAACUUAAUCGCUGUAGCUCUUGGAACGUCAGUGUUCAUAUGGAAUGCCGAGAACGAGGAAUCUGUGGAGCUCAUGUCCGUUUUGACGGAGGAUGAACAAUCUCCCUACGUGACAGGAGUCUCAUGGGCUCCUGAUGGCGUACACUUGGCCAUAGCGAUCAGCAAUUCUGAGAUCCAAGUUUGGAACGUCUCCAUCCCACAGCAGGUCCGAACGUUCAAGGGACAUUCAGCAGUUAUUGGUGCAAUGGACUGGUACAAGACAAUCUUAUCAACGGGCGACCAUGCUGGCACGAUCGUCAACCAUGAUGUGCGCGCCCGUGAGCACAUCAUCGCGAGAUUCAAGGCCCAUCGCGACGGAGUAUGUGGGCUAAAGUGGGCGGUGACUGGACGCCAGCUCGCCAGCGGGGGAGACGACAACCUCGUCCACAUCUGGGACGCAGCGUCUAUGUCAUCGUCCCAGGCAUCUAAAGCUAACAGUCACGACGGAGCAGACCGUCGGAGGAGCAGCGUUGGUUCUGCGGCCAGCAGCGCUACUGGAGUUCCCGUGCCUUUGCUGCAUCGAUUCGCUGAGCACCGCGGAGCAGUGAAGGCUCUCGCGUGGUGCCCUUUCCAGAGCCACCUGCUGGCCACGGGAGGAGGUUCGACGGACUGCACCAUCCGGUUCUGGAACACGCGGACCGGCGCAUGCGUGAACAGCGUCGACGCGGAGUCACAGGUCACGGGCUUGCACUGGAGCAAGAAAGAGCGAGAGAUUGUAAGCGCUCAUGGCUACGAAGGAGCCAACAAGAACCAGCUGGUCGUUUCGAAGUAUCCCUCUCUGGUUCCGCUGGCUCGACUGAAAGGGCAUUCUGGGCGUGUACUGUCAACCGCGCAGGCCCCUGACGGUGACACAGUGGCCUCCAUCUCAGCUGAUGAGUCUCUCCGCAUCUGGCGGCCGUUCAACUCUGACCGUGCUUCUAGGACCGCCGCGGCUGGGAGCAAGAGCAGGAGGGAGAGUCAGGGAGGGAAGAUGGCGGGUGGUGCAAGUGGUGAUGGGUUUGUGAAAUCUCAUAUCCGCUAGGGUGUGACUCGUUUGGACUAGGAGCGCGCUUUCAGCUACAACUCGCUGAAAGAAUGAGGCGGACAAGGGACAACAACUUGGCUCACAAUAAAGCAUCUUGCUGUAGUAACAACCAAUCGUGCGAGAUGGCAUGCCUUAGCGACGUCGAUUUGCUUACUAUGUGUGCCAUAUAAUUUUCCAAACCCGCGCCUUUAUUUCCUUAUGAAU